UUGCCCUUAUGCAACUGAGAGAUGGAGUACUGAAACCUGUAAGAGGAACAUGCCUACCACUUGUAGUGAAUCCAGAGCUGGAUGCUGAGCAUUUGCAAAUAUCUGCUGUACAAAAAAUGAAGGACUUCAUUGGCAGUUUGCAAGAUGGACCCUACUUUCUACUUUAUCCUGAUGGUACAAGGAUAAUCAACAUACCAGAAACAGAAACAUCAUUCACUCUGAAACACUCCAAGAACGUAGUGGGAAAAUCAUACCAACGCAUCACAGUGUACAUUUGUUCAGCUGAAGAUUUCCUUAAAUAUUCUCAGUCCACCUCAGAUUCUAACUCGUCUGACUCUGAAGUGAUCAUUAGAGAAUUCAAUGCAGCUGAUACACUGAUUUUACUCUCCGACUCAGAAGAGGGCUCGGGAACAUCAAGCUCUGAAGUGGUAACUGCAUGCAAUAGGUAUUUUUCACCACUGCUGCUGGGUGAGAAGCUGCAGGGGAUAGGUGUCAAUGACUCCAUGGUCUCCUGGAUUACUGACUACCUGACAGGAGAGAGAGGGGAGGAGGACAGAGUGCUGGUGGAAGGGUUUGUGGAGUGGACUAGCAGGAGAGAUGGUUAUAAAUUUCCAGAAGAAGAGGGCUCCUCUAACUCCACUGAAAAUCAUGGGGCAGGAAGUUGA